GGUUUCACGCGCGCCCACGCCCCAUCCAGCAGGGCUUGCGAGCCGGUGCGCGUGCGCACUCGAGGCGUCGGUGUCAAACAUGGCUGUGCUUUUGAAGAAAGAAAAAUGCUGAAUUGUGCUGGUGGAAUUGUGAGAAAAAAGAGACAAACAUGGCGAGGCUGGCCGAUUAUUUCAUCAUCGUCGGAUACGACCACGAAAAAACAAGUUCAGGUGAAGGAUGCGGGAAAAUCAUUCAGCGCUUCCCAAAAAAGGACUGGGACGGGACGGCGUUCCCUCAGGGUGUGGAGAUGUUCAGUCAGCCGGGUGGAUGGAGACUAUCUCGCGAACGAAAACCUCCUACGUUCUUUACGGUGGUGUUGACGGACAUCGAAUCGGACCGACACUACUGCUCCUGUCUGACCUUCUACGAGGCUGAGGUCAACCUGCAGGGCACGAAGACUUUGCAAGGUGAUGGAGACGAAGAUGAGGAAGAGGACGGUUUGAUCCAGCCAGCUCAAGUGUUUGCACCCAAAAGUCUAAUCCUGGUCUCCAGAUUAGAUUUCCCAGAAAUAUUCAGGGGCUGUUUGGGGCUGAUCUACACCGUUUACAUCGACAGUCUGAACUUCUCCUUGGAAAGCCUCGUGGCGAACCUCUUGACAUGCACCGUGCCUACAGCAGGAGGCUCCCAGAAACUCUUUUCUCUUGGAGCUGGAGACCGACAGCUGAUUCAGACUCCACAAAAUGAUGGCCUGCCUGUUACCAAUAAAAGUGUUGCUCUCCUCUUCCAGCAGCUAGGCAUCCAGAAUGUUCUGAGUCUCUUUUGUGCAGUUCUCACAGAACACAAGGUUCUGUUCCACUCCAGCAGCUACCAGAGACUUGGCGAGGCCUGUCGAGCUUUGGAAGCCCUGAUGUUUCCUCUCAAAUACAGCUACCCAUACAUACCCAUCCUCCCCUCUGGGCUGCUGGAGGUCCUCAGCUCUCCCACACCCUUCAUCAUCGGGGUUCACUCCAUGUUCCAGAGUGAAAUUCAGGAGCUGCUGGACGUGAUCAUCGCCGACCUGGACGGCGGAACGAUAAAAAUCCCAGAGUGUAUCCAUUUGUCUCAGCUCCCCGAGCCUCUCUUACACACUACACACAGCUCGCUGUCUGUGGUUUUGCACCCAGAUCUGGAGAUAGCUGAUAACGCCUUCCCUCCUCCACGCUCCGCUCCGUCCAACCUCAAACUGCUGGAUAAGGAGGUGAGGGCGGUCUUCCUGCGCUUGUUUGCACAACUGUUCCAGGGCUACAGGUCCUGUCUGCAGCUCAUUCGCAUCCACUCCGAAGCCGUGAUUCACUUUCACAAGGCUGCCUUUCUGGGCCAACGCGGCCUGCUCGAGAACGAUUUCUUGCCCAAGGUGUUAGACGGGAUGGCUUUCGCCGGGUUUGUGUCAGAGAGAGGACCUCCGUACAGAGCCUGUGAUCUCUUUGACGAGUUGGUGGCUUUCGACAUGGCGCGCUUUAAGGAGGAGGAGGAGAACCCAAGCACACUCCAGAAGCACCUGAGAGAGCUCUCUGAGCAGCUUUACCGCAAUGAAAAUCCCAACCCUCACAUGGCCUUCCAGAAGGUUCCUCGGCCCAGCGAGGGCUCUCACCUCCGGGUGCACAUGGUGCCCUUUCCUCUGAUAGACGAGGAAAAGGUCGUGCAGCUCAUGCAGGACGGCUUGGCCAAACAAAACCAUUCCAACAUCAGUACGCGAAUCGAGAAGAAGUGCGUGGUACCUGCAGGUCCCCCUGUAGUGUCAAUCACAGGAAAGGGCAGCUCGGUGUUUAACAGCGCCCGGCGCCUGGAGGUGGUGCGAAGCUGCAUCGGCUUUAUCUUUGACAACAAGACGCUGGAGACGGAGAAAGCUCUCCCUGCGGCUCUGCGCGCCCUGAAAGGAAAAGCAGCUCGUCAGUGUCUUACCGAAGAGCUCAGUCUACACGUGCAGCUGAACCGCGCCAUCCUGGACCACCAGCAGUUCGACCACAUAGUGCGCAUGAUGAACUGCGCCCUUCAGGACUGCUCCAAUGCUGAGGAGUACACGGUGGCUGCAGCGCUGCUUCCUCUCCUCACAGCCUUUUAUCGGAAACUUGCCCCAGGCGUGAACCAGUAUGCCUACACGUGCGUGCAGGAUCAACCCAUCUGGACCAGUCAGCAAUUCUGGGAGACCACCUUCUACUCCGAGGUGCAGAACCAGAUCCGUGACCUGUACCUUAACGCUCCGGAGGAGAAGCCCCUCAUCACAGCUAAACUUAAGGAUCCAGGUUCCUCUUCGGUUCCUCCAUCUGCACGAUCAGAGCGGACCGCCAUGGACCUGGCAGCCGAGCAGCUCCGCGCAUGGCCGAGCCUUAGCAAAGAGAAACAGCUGGAGCUGGUGAAGAGCGAAGAGAGCACGGUGUUCAGCCAGGCCAUCCACUACGCCAGCCUCAUGGUCUACCUGCUCGUUCCUCUGGACGCCAGCAAGAACAAGCUGCUCCGUACGACUACGCCCGCUGCUGACUGGGAGAGCGGCAGCAACAGUAUCGUCACCAACAGCAUCGCCGGCAGCGUCGCGGAAAGCUUCGACACGGAGAGCGGAUUCGAGGACUCUGAGAACAGCGACAUCGCCAACUCGGUGGUUCGGUUCAUCGCUCGUUUCAUCGACAAGGUCUGCACUGAGAGCGGAGUCACCCAGGACCACAUCAAGAACCUGCACAGUAUGAUACCAGGCAUUGUGGCUAUUCAGAUGGAAACUCUGGAGGCUGUGCACAGGGAGAGCAGGAGGCUUCCCCCCAUCCAGAAGCCAAAGAUCCUCCGACCGAUGAUGCUCCCCGGAGAGGAGUUAGUAAGCGAGGGAUUGCGGGUGGUCCUGGACCCUGACGGACGUGAAGACGCGACGGGCGGACUGCUAGGAGGCCCUCACAUGCUGCCCGCUGAGGGGGCGCUCUUCCUCACCACCUACCGCAUCAUCUUCAAAGGCACUCCCCAUGAUCCUUUAGUCGGCGAGCAGCCUGUGAUUAGAAGUUUUCCAGUGUCCACGCUGACGAAAGACAAAAAGAUCACCAUUCAGAACCAGCUUCAGCAGAACAUGCAAGAAGGCUUACAGCUUCGAUCUGCCGCCUUCCAGCUGAUUAAGGUGGCGUUUGACGAGGAGGUGACGUCUGAAAUGGUGGAGAUCUUCAGGAAGCACCUGCAGAGGAUCCGGUACCCACAAUCCAUCUUCAGCACGUUUGCCUUCGCCGCAGGACAGACGGCUCCACAGCUUCUCCUGCCCAAGCAGAAGGAGAGGAACACGGGUUUCCGCACGCUCUCCAAAACCAUAGUAAAAGGGGCGAAGAGAGCAGGCAAGAUCACCAUGGGUCGUCAAUCCACGCUGCAGAAGAAAAACGAAAAAGGCACGCGUACGAUUUGGAGCGAGGAUGACGACAUCUCCAUAUCGGACGACGGCGAGCCGCCCUCGAACAGCACGCUCAAGGCCUCGGACAAGUCCACCAUGGAGCAGUUGGUGGAGCGCGCCUGCUUCCGGGAUUACCAAAGACUGGGUCUGGGCACCAUCACUGCCAGCUCCUCACGCUCUAAAAGCGGAGAGCAGUUCCGCGUGACGGCCAUCAACAGACUCUACUCGCUCUGUCGCAGUUACCCCGGGCUGCUGGUGGUGCCUCAGUCGGUGCAGGACGGCAGUCUGCAGAAAGUCGCACGUUGUUACAGACACAAUCGGCUGCCUGUAGUGACCUGGAAACACCCUCGCACCAAAGCGGUGCUGAUGCGUGCCGGCGGCUUCCACGGGAAAAGCGUCGUGGGGCUGUUUAAGUCUCAGAACCAGACCACGACAGCUCCCGUCUCUUCGUCCGAGUCGUCCAGUAGUCUGGAGCAGGAGAAGUACCUGCAGGCCAUCCUCAGCUCCAUCCCUGCGUACUUCAAAUCCAACGGCAGCAACACCCUGUCUAACCGCUCCCUCAUCGGUCUUUCUCCAGCUACCGAAAGACGGACGUCCAGAAUGCCAAAGAUGGCUCCUGUCCACUUGGAUAUUUCUUUCUCCAACAGUUUUGCCAGAGGAGUACUCGGGUACAAGGACAAACUUUUCACUCACACAAACCAAGCUAAAGGGAGAAUCCACAAUCAAGGUGUGUGGGCGAGUCUGCGCUCCAGCAACAGGUUCAGCCAGCACCUCUCUGCAGCCGACGCCGGUCCACGGCUGGCAGCCAAGGAUCUGAUGCCCCCUACAGGAAACGAAAGUCUCCAGGCGCAGCUCCUCAAGCACCAAGCGGCUCUCUACAUCUUCGGAGAAAAGUCUCACCUCAGGGGCUUCAAGCUGGACUCCAUUCUGAACUGUGAGCUGGUGCCGGUGGAGUUUGCCGACACACGGCAGACCAAGGCCUCCUUCAAAAAGUUCCUGCGUGCUUGCGCUCCAAGUGCCACAUCUACUGACUCUAAUGAAUCCUUCCUUAAAGUCCUAGAGGAGAGCGAAUGGAUCCUGCAGCUGCACAAGCUCCUCCAGCUGGCACUCAUCCUAGUGGAACUGUUGGACAGCGGAUCUUCUGUGAUGCUGAGUCUGGAGGACGGCUGGGACAUCACCACACAGGUGGUGUCACUGGUGCAGCUGCUCAGCGACCCAUUCUACCGGACCUUGGAGGGCUUCCAGGUCCUGGUGGAAAAGGAAUGGCUGUCAUUUGGGCACAAGUUCAGCCAGCGCAGUAACCUGACCCCCAGCAGCCAGGGCAGUGGCUUCACACCCAUCUUCCUGCAGUUCCUCGACUGCGUGCACCAGGUCCAUAACCAAUACCCUUUGGAAUUCGAGUUUAAUCAAUACUAUCUGAAGUUCCUGGCGUACCACUACGUCUCCAAUCGCUUCAAGAACUUCCUCUUGGACUCGGACUACGAGCGCCUCGAGCACGGCACAUUGUUUGAGGAUAAAGGAGACAAGCAGGCCAAGAGAGGGAUUUGUAUCUGGGAGUGUAUAAACCGAAUGCACCGCAGGAGUCCCAUCUUCUUCAACUACCUGUACGGCCCUUCAGAGGCAGAGCCCGUCUUGAAGCCGUCCAUCUCCAUACCCAACCUGACCAAAUGGGAGCUCUACACGGCAGAGACGCUCUCCACCGGACCCUCGUACGACUGGAGGAUGCUAGCUGUGCCCACCGAGAACUCCGAGGAGCCGGACACUAUCGCCACGAGCAAGAGGAGGAUCGUCUGGCCCUGUUACAGCAGCGUAGCCCGCGCUCAGCCCGACGCCAUCACCAAACUACUGGCCGACAUCGAGAGAUUAGAGGGAGAGCUCGGUCAGGUGCCCGAGCGAUGGCAGGCUACUCUAGAGAAAGUGCGAGUCAGCGUACAGGACGACCUCAAACAAGAAGGCAACUUACGGAAACAACCCGUAUCCGUCUCAGGCUUGAUCCCUACCUCUAACCUGCAAGCGUAUCAGCGCCACUCCAUGCUGCACCUCCCUGACAGCGGCCUGGGAGAGGACAGCAGUCCCACCACGGCCAACGGCAUGAGCCGGCGAGCCGCAACACUCUACAAUCAGUUCACACCCAAGAAUGAUGAGAACAGGUCAUUUGAAGGUGUCCUGUAUAAGAGAGGCGCAUUACUUAAAGCCUGGAAGCGUCGAUGGUUCGUCCUGGACAUAACAAAGCAUCAGCUGAGGUAUUACGAUACGGACGAGGACGUCAGCUCCCGCGGACACAUCGACCUGGCCGAGGUGGAGUCGGUCGUGAUCGCCACACCCACCAUCGGAGCUCCCAAAUACAUCAGCGAGAAGGCCUUCUUCGACCUGAAGACAACGAAGCGGGUGUACAACUUUUGUGCGGAGAACGCUCAGAGCGCGCAGCAGUGGAUAGAUAAGAUCCAGAGCUGCAUCUCGGACGCCUGAAGCCCCGAAGCCCCGGACCCUCCUCAUUCAUCACCACCGUCUCCUUCCCUGCAAGGACAGUCACUGUGCGAUAAUAGGAGCAAAGCAAAGCCCUCAGUGCCUCAGUGAGAUAUCAGAGGAACACACUCUCACUUUAUCACUACAAACACGUGCACUCAGGCUGCAGAGUCACUGCCACACUAAUCCUCUACGGAAACGUGCCGAUUCCCGUCAGACGGGUCGGUUUUACCGCACGGUCUCUCCUCAGCUCACGAGUCUUACAACGCCGUCGCACUAAAAACUUCCACACGCGAGCGGAAUCGACGCAGGAACGCGCUAGGACAGGAUUUAAACGCUUACGAUCGAAAAAGAGCGACGCAUAAUAAAGAGAGAUGCACAAUUAUUAUAUAACAAGGCAGUUUAUUUGCACUUACUACUUUGAUAUGCACUCCUAAAAUAUCUAGAUUUUCUAACAGAUAAAAAGCGAGACAAAAAAGCAUUACUUUACGUUCCAAAACGUUCGUGUUUAUACACACACGCAUACGACUACAAAAAAAAAAAAAUACUUUGCACACUAAAACAUAAAUAUCCACUUUUCUAUUUAAGACGUUGAUGUUUUAGGUUAUUUUUAAUACAUGAAUGUAUCUCAGUGCAUAACAGGUCAGUUUGUGAUGUAAAUUAUUAUUAUUAUUUUUUUUUUUACCUUUAAAAGAGUAACUCGUUUAUGUUCAUGGAUAUUACGUCGACGUUGUUUUGUAAAUAUCCGUCUUUUUUUUUUUUCUUCUUCUUCAUACUGUGGUAAAAAUGCUCUGGCUUUAUAUUAUACUGACUUUUUAACUGACAUGAAGCCGCCAUACACUUACUUAUUUUUUUUUUUGUUUGUUUGUUUGUUUGUUCGGUUUUUUAAAAAUACUUAUUCGAUAUUACUGACUAAGAAAAGUGCUUCCUGUCUGUCUUGUUUAUAAGAAGUCUCUGUUUGACAUGAAGAGAAGUCCACUCCAUUUCUGAGCUCCUCGUGGGCCGAAGGGCUCUGAAUCUGUGCAACACUACGCGGUUGGCUUGGGUUAUGAUUUACAUUUGACAUUUUGUACAAUUCUAAGAAACGAAACUGAAAAGAAGUCGCUCGGACUUGACGUCGCUGAGCUCUGUGUUUUGUGGUGCCACUAAUAUUUCUGUUUGCCUUUUUUUUUUUUUUUUUAAAUCUGAAAUAAAUCAAGGUUACUUGAACGUUAUUCAUAACACG